UACUUCUUUGUGCAAUAGGUUUGGGCCACAUGUCGGCCGCCCCCCUCACUCCUUCAUGACAUUUCUCAUCUAUAUUGAGAAGGCUCAAUCUGCAAACCUCAGGCUACCAUUUUCGAUUAAAACGUAUCAGCAAGGAUCCGAAAAGCUGGAGAUGAUCCCCAACUAUAACCGGGAAUUUAUUGGCAAACAGGUGACGGGCUUGGACGUGCGGGGUGGACAGGCAUGUUUCGAAGGACGAGAAUCAUCGCCGAACUCUUCGGCUAUCGACGCCUUGCGAUCAUGUUGCAACUCCAGUACGUGCCACCUAUAUCACAUCGCAAUGGCAAUGGGCACUGCGUCACGACGAAACUAUAGCAUCCCUAAUACUCACCAUAACCAACCGCGCCUGCUCCCUCUCCCUCCGUAUCUCAAACUCAGGUUCUGUCCCAUCGAGUUGCGCGUACGACGGCCAAGGGCUGUUUCGAAGCUUGCACAUGGAUUGCGCGUGGUAUAUCUGCGAGUAUCACAUCAACACACAACGACCCUGAGACAAGGAAUAUGUCCACAGACCUGUUGAGUCAUAUCUCUCAAUGCUAAGUUUUGACAUGUAGCAGCUCUUCCUCUCGGUUGGACCACACGUUUUAUUGGGAACCACACUUUCAAACCUCAAGAUUAAAUGUUAUGAAGGCUGUGGGCAAAGUCCACAGCACGAAAGUGGGCAGUUGUCUAAGCAAACGAACAAAAGUGUUAGUG